CCCGUGCCAUGCAUGAUUCGUCGUGUUGCUGUCUGUUUCUCUGUCUGUGUGUGUGCCCGUCUCCAUGUCUUGCUCCAUCCCAGUUAGAAUUGUAAGGCACGAGCGUGUGCGUGUGUGUGUUUCUGUGUGCGCCCCCUUUCAGUCGAGGCCGCGGAACUCUUUGCACGGCUGCAGUAGUAUUGCGAACCGGUAUGCCUAGCAGCAGGCGUUUUGGGAUGUUGCAAGGAGUCCCCAUUUCCGCAUGCUCCCUGGGCGGCGGUGUCGGGGAAAUGUAUGAUCUGUAGCCUUCUCUAGUUUUAGUUUCGAGUUUUACGCAUGCAAACAGUGUGAGGUGUCGUCUCAAUGCCUGAUAGUUGAGAAUUUGAGCCCCAGUUGCGGUGGCAAGUAAAAUAUAAACUUAAAUCGGCGUGGUUUGGAGCUGUUUGCUGGCGAUCUGGCAUGCCGGUAUUGUGAGAGAUGGGGUUUGCGUCAUGAAGAACAUGCUUACCGUAGGACUUUAUGGAUUUUUCCUAUUCUUCUCAACGUGAACAGUGUACGUUUCUAUAGCAAGCUACCUUUGAAUUUGAUUAUGAUUUGCCAUGCCGACAUUUUCAGAAUGAGCUUGUCUUAGGUUGUGUUAGACCUCGUAUGUUUCUAGUGUAUGAACUACCUCAAUGUAGAAUCAGGCCUCUUACUGUCAAUUUUCUUGUCAAAAUCAGUUGGUAAUAUACGAAAUAUUUGAGAUUACAUGCCCUUUCCUUCUGGAUGGAUGCGCUGCCGACUCCCUACUGCUUAAUCGAAACCAGCUAGGUAUUUCUCAUAGAAUGUAUCAACAGUGGUAUUGUAGUGGGUUUCACAGUGCUAUUCAAUAAUGUAGAACGGAUUGAAUCAUCGUGGCUCGAAUAGCUUUUAGUUACUUGAGACAACACUUAUUUACAAGAUCAAUGUAUGAUCAAUACAGGAUUUCGACCUCUACAAAAAUAAUUCCCCGGCGAUUGAGCCUGAAUGAACUGGUUGGGCUGACGAUUUCGUUUUUAGAAAUGUGUAACUCCUGAGUCUGAACUUCAUUGAUUUAAUUCGUUGGGAUUGCUUGAAAUACCGUUCCCCCCCCCCCCACCUCCUAUUUAUUUAUUUAUUUUAUCGGAUUGGAUCCUUUUUUCUGUUCCUGCUUUGAAGAGUCCCUUUCAAAAAUUAAUGAUCUUGUCUCGUUUCGGCGACUGGUUUUACCUUUCCCCAUGAUAGUUUGCUAAUGGCUCCCAGCAAUUACAGAACGAUGAAUCGCGCUCAGAGUAGUAUGACCAACUUCGUUCACAAUUUUCAUUAGAAGCUGAUCGAUUAGUUUUUCCUUCUGCUUUCUGGCUCUUUACAGUAAUAGAGAAUACUCUCAGCAAUAAAUUCCAUGGGUAUGGUGGGUUGUUCUGGAAGUAGACAACUCCGUUUUUUAGCUUGAGAAUCUUGACCUUGGACACGACCGUGCCAUGUUGUGGUGAGCUGUUUCACUUCACAACUGGAAACAUGCUUUUGCGUGAGAAUUGCAUCGACUCCACUCCUAGGUGGCACGUCUUGGCUAGAGGGAGGUUGAUGGCCUAUUGUGGCGAAGACAUCAGACGCAUGGCCUUUACCAUGACGGCCACAGGUAUUCGUGAGGAGAUGGCGAUGAAUUGGUCGCGUCAAAGAAGGCAAUUAAAAGUGCGUCACAAUUUUCAAUUCGGUUCCUGUAGCCGUUUUUGCAACCCCAACCCCUUUUCUGAAUUUGUUCCACGAAUUAGGUAUGAAGCGGCGAGUCAUGUUAAAGGCACCAACAACGUUGUAGAGGACAACCAAAAGUUUUCCAUAAGCGAACAGUGCUCAGAUAUUUCGAAGAACAGCAAUUACAGACAUGUUUCAAGUAGCUCAAAAACAAAAUCGACUCUUUAUGAAAAUCCAGAUUCUGGGAAUGGAAGACAAUCUGACGAAAGGAACUCAAAUACUGAGAAUGGUAGUCAAGCGGAGAGUGGUGAUGUUGGAUUGGGAGACAGCGCAGCUCUGAAAUGUAAUGGACGUAAUGGCCAAGAUAUUCCUUUAGGUAGGAAACGGAGAUGGUGGCGAAAAAGAAAGAAGAAUGCAUACGCUGCAGGAAUUGCCAUUUAUGAUUCGCAUACCAAUUCUGUUCGACUCAAAGAAUCCGUUACCGAAACUCCGACACAGUGCGUGAACCUGAAGCAGCAACGUCAGAGAAAUCCAACUUCGAGCAAACGUCAGCUAACUGAUCAAAGAAUGCAGAGUGUGGAGGCAAAAGCUGUGUGGCAGGCGUCAUCUCCUGAGGAGGUUACUGAGUGUGCAUGUGAGUUGUAUUCAGUUAGCAGAUCUAAUGAGAGUUUUCUAGGAAUUGGGGAAGCGGCUCGUCUCUCUGGAUUGGUAGUCAUGCAAGAAACUGGCAAUACACAACCUACAAUUGAAAGCGACAAGGGUGCUCCUAACCAAGAAUGUGCUGCCGACGUCUCGGAAGUGGUUCUAAAAAGAAUACGAGGAAGGAAAUCUACUGAAGCUUUUAAAGCCUCAAAUAUUAAUGGAUUUGAUCAAAAUUCUCAGUCCGCCAAGAAGAUCUCGCAAACUGUAGGUCUUUCUCGGAAGACGAGAACACCGUCUACAGUUGAUAAUGGCGCUCAGCAGCAGCCAUCCUCAUUUACUCCAAAUCGGAGCUUGCAAUCUAUGUUUGGAGCAUCUCUUGGCAAGGUUGAUGAGCAAGUACAGCAGGUCCAAGCCAAUGCUUCUUUCAAGAAAUCAGUAACUACCGCUGACCAAGUGGCUGAGUCAAAGAGCUUAACCUCCAACUCAGUAACAGAGUCAGUGACCAUACAAGCAGCCGAACUGUCCAAUUAUUUUAGUGAGAUUUCGGAAGACGACGUGGAUAUGAAAGACGAAUUUGAGUCCAAUAGUUCUGAUCGUCCUGAAUUCCUGGGAUUGAGGGGACUGAACAGUUACAAAGUUCUUCAAGAUGAUCAAGGGAUACUUGUCAUGAUACGUGACUUUUAUUUCUUCAUGAUGAAGCAGCCUCUUCCGAAUUUUUCUAUGGGAAUGAUAGCUGGUCCUCUUGCUCUCAGCAUGGUUUUCACUCUCUUGUAUUUGCCGGAAUUCCAUGGACUAGCAUAUGAUGAAACGGCACGGGACUUUCUAAAGGCUGCAGAUGGUAACGAUGGGCGUGCAAUUGGACUCAAGGUGUCCUGGAUGACUGUUUUCCAAGUCUUUAUGUUUAGCCUCUCUCUUUCAACGGGUCUACAACCGGACCUUGCCCCUUUGUCACCUUACACUUUGGUGGUUGCAAAUCUCAAUGCCUUAAUCGCCCAACUCAUUCUUGCUUUUCUAAGUGCGGCAGUAUUUGCAAGGUUGUCGCAGCCCUCACAACCUGUGAGAUGUUCGAGUGUAGCGCUCAUUUACUCUCUGAAAAAGCCCGCGGGUCAAAAAGGGCAAAGUUUGAACAGGUGCGUGCUAGCGGGACCUCAGCCAUGCGAGCUUAUAAAUGUGAAGGUGGAUUUGACUUACAAAUCUAACAUGGUUUCCAGUGUGGGCUCUUUCUUGAGUAGUUCUUACUGCUUGAAGCUGGUGCGGUCACAGGUAGCUCUUCUUGACAAAGGAAUGACAAUUCGACACAUCAUUGAUGCGACCAGCCCUUUGUAUUCUCAAACUCCAGAGUCCCUGUGCCAAGAUGAUGCCAUCUUUGUUUUGAGUGUGGCUGGGAUGGAGCGCUCAUCCAUGCAACCUAUCUCCCAUGUGCAGUUCUACUCUGUAUGUGAUGAUCAGGUGAUAUGGAAUGCAGAUUUUGAAGAUAUGAUUCUGAUUAACAAGAAUAAUCAGCGGGUUGUGGAUCACUCAAAGCUAAGCUGUUGGAAACCACUGUAGCAUGAUUGCGUCGCGCUUUACCAAAAACGCAUUACGAAGAUGCAUGUUUGGAUUACUUCGUCAUUUGAGUCAUUACGAGAUUUCAUAUUGUUUCCAAAGCUGGUCUUUAGCUUAAUGAACAACUGUAUAGAACCUACGUUCUCAUCUAACAUAAUUUUCUUUAUCAACCUACUACAAAGGGUUCAUGCAGGGUGUAUCCAAUGGUUUGUUCCUAGAAUUCUACAUUCUUGGGUAGCAUGAGAGCUAAUGUUGGCAUAUAUCACUGAAAACUCUGUCUUAGGAAGAUACAAUUCAUGAGUUGGUCCUCAACUUGUAAUGCUGUACAUACACUCGACGAUUGCUUUAAGAUCAUGCUAGAUACUUUUGACGUCAUCAACUACCUCACGAAGAGGAACACCGUCCCCUAGAGAUGGCUAACACGAGAGUGGGCAGCAAUCGCAGCAAACUUUAGUGGUCGCUAAAUCGAAUUUUUUACUAACACUGUUGUCAUCAUUUCGAAACUAGCUGAAUACUCAGUACGUGUAUGCAGGCAUCAAAUAAUAAAUACAUGUAAGGUCCACAUUUAUAUGGUGCCUUGGCUGAAUACUUACUUCCA